AUGCCGACUUACACUGGCAGAGAAAAGCGAAUUUUCCCUUUGUUCACUGUGGUGAGAUUUGACAAUAACAUUUGCGUCGGAUUAAACGGUGAGAAUGGAACCUGCCUGGCGUCAACGGAGUGCUUACAACGCGGGGGCGUAUCUAGCGGGAUUUGUGCGAACGGUUAUGGGGUCUGUUGCAUUGUAACUGUAUCUUGCGGCGAGACGACUAGCAAUAACAAUACUUAUUUCGUUAAUCCAAAUUAUCCAUCGAAUUUCGAUGGCACUGAGUCUUGUCAGUUAACCCUUAUCAAGUCGCAUCCAGAUGUAUGUCAAUUUAGAUUAGAUUUCAUGCAGUUCAAUAUUAGAGGACCGGAAACAACGAAUCACCAAUGUAUCUACGAUCAGUUUAUCGUGUCCGGUGGUAAUCCGGUCCCUACUAUAUGCGGAAGUAAUACUGGAAAUCAUAUUUAUAUUGACGCGGGUAUCGGGCAAACGAAUCCCGUCACGUUAACAUUCGUCACGAGCGGAAGUUCUUUCACCCGAUCGUGGAAAGUACGAGUAUCGCAGAUUCGUUGCAACACUAUAUACAGAGCCGAGGAAGGAUGCCUGCAAUAUUUCACGGGUAUAUCCGGUCAAAUAAAAUCGUUCAAUUACGAUCUCACCACCGGUUUACAAUUGUCGAAUCAGGAUUACAGUAUCUGCAUCAGAAUGGAAAGAAACUUUUGUGGAAUUCAAUACACGGCGUGUUCGGUUGAUGGUCAGGUAUUGGCAUCGUCGGGUGCAACGCCGGCAACGCAAAUGCUGCGCAAUAAUGCGUUUUCGAUAACGGGAAACACGCAGGGGACCCAAAUCGCUUCGAUGACUGGAGCUGCUUGUCAGACAGACUGGUUGACGAUCCCUUGCGCGACAAACUUGGGUAAAUUACCGACCGCAAUGAUGACGUGCGUCGAUAGAAUUUGCGGCGGGACAUUCAAUGCGGAAAGUCAAAAUUUAAACACAUCCUCGGUCGUUAGUACAGUAAAGCCGUUUAGAUUAAUUUUUCACACGGACAGUAUCGAAGCACCGAACGACGUCGGGAACAAGGGAUUUUGCUUGAAUUAUGUGCAGCAACCCUGCACGACAAAGCUAUGAUGACUUCAUGUUUACAUUGUUACAGAACAUAUUGCAGGGAGCACAAAUGGUGUAGCACAAUGACCGAUCAGCCAUCUAAUUAUAAGGCGACCGUGGAAAGCGGGGCAACAGGAAGUGAAUGGAACCCGUGGUGAUCGCGACGAACCCGAGGAACAAGAAUAGAAACAGGGAAUAGAUGUGUGCUUCUUUCUCUAAAAA